CCUCGCGAAUUCCAGAAGCCAGCCACGAGCGACCACCGACGCGGAGUCCUGGUCGACACCGGCGGGCGGGCUAACCUUAACCACCAAGGCACGCCACGGAGCCGUUCCACCCUCCCGUCAUAAAUACCCUCCCGUCCCCACUAGCAAGGCUCAGAUCAGAUUCCGAUCGUCGCAUCUUUCUUCCCCAGUUCCCCCUAAUCUCCUUGUCGUCUCCCGUGUCGCGGUUUCCAGGGACGCCGGAAUCUCCUCUCGUCCCGCACGCAAGAUGCAGAUCUUCGUUAAGACCCUGACUGGCAAGACCAUCACUCUUGAGGUCGAGAGCUCUGACACCAUUGACAAUGUCAAGGCCAAGAUCCAGGAUAAGGAAGGCAUUCCACCUGACCAGCAGAGGCUCAUCUUUGCUGGGAAGCAGCUAGAAGAUGGGCGCACAUUGGCUGACUACAACAUUCAGAAGGAGUCUACCCUACACCUUGUCCUGCGUCUGAGGGGUGGCAUGCAGAUCUUUGUCAAGACCCUUACAGGCAAGACGAUCACGUUGGAGGUCGAGAGCUCCGACACCAUUGACAAUGUCAAGGCCAAGAUCCAGGAUAAGGAAGGCAUCCCCCCGGACCAGCAGAGGCUCAUCUUUGCUGGCAAACAGCUAGAGGAUGGUCGCACGCUGGCGGACUACAACAUCCAGAAGGAGUCUACCCUACACCUUGUCCUGCGUCUGAGGGGUGGCAUGCAGAUCUUUGUCAAGACCCUUACAGGCAAGACGAUCACGCUGGAGGUCGAGAGCUCCGACACCAUUGACAAUGUCAAGGCCAAGAUCCAGGAUAAGGAAGGCAUCCCCCCGGACCAGCAGAGGCUCAUCUUUGCUGGCAAGCAGCUAGAGGAUGGUCGCACGCUGGCGGACUACAACAUCCAGAAGGAGUCUACCCUACACCUUGUCCUGCGUCUGAGGGGUGGCAUGCAGAUCUUUGUGAAGACCCUUACUGGGAAGACCAUAACUCUUGAGGUUGAGAGCUCCGACACCAUUGACAAUGUUAAGGCCAAGAUCCAGGACAAGGAGGGAAUCCCUCCAGAUCAGCAGAGGCUCAUCUUUGCUGGGAAGCAGCUGGAGGACGGGCGUACCUUGGCAGAUUACAACAUCCAGAAGGAAUCCACUCUUCAUCUUGUCCUGCGCCUCCGCGGUGGUGGUGUUAACUAAGCGGUCGAGCAGCAACGUCUGCUACGAAAUCAAUACUGCCAUGCACUCUCUGUGGUGUAGUGAUACGGUUCCUUGGGGGUCUAAUGCUACUAUUCUGUUGUUAUGUGUUCAAUGGGCUGUCGUACCCAGUACCCAGUACUUGGUUUCUCUGGAGACAUAACUAGCUUUGCUUAUAUCUGCUGUUCACUUUCUA